GUCUUUUGGGAUGUGCCAAGGAAGAGCGACAACAGAUUUGAGUGUUGUCUGUCUGUCAACUAACUGCUCAAUUGUUUCUAGUGUUUAUGAAAAGACUAUUUGACAAGAAUGGAGACCACAGAAGAGAAGAACCAACUAUUUCCACUAGCCCUGCUGUCAAUCAAGAUUCUGAAAGCCAGUAUCGUUACCUCUGAUACACCUAUUUCCGCAACUCAUUGCUACGUGACUUUGCACCUGCCAACAGCAUCACAGGAGGUAUUCAGAACCCAGACUGUCAGGAAUUCUUACUACCCAGUCUGGAAUGAAACAUUUUAUUUCAGGAUCCAAACCAAAAUCAAGAAUAUCAUACAGUUGGAAGUUUGCGAUGCUGAUCCAGUCACCAAUCGUGAUGUCCAUUUAAUUGUUCUUUUUGAUUUGUCAAAACUCCAGCCUGGAAGUCCAGUCCUUGAGAAAUUUUCCUUAAAACCAAAGAAACAAGAACAAUCUUAUUGUUAUGAAUUUCUAGAAGUGGAAUUCAAGCUGUCAGAUGUGCCAGGUCCUCCUGAGCAACUGAUUUCUAAUGGUGUCCUAGUGGCCCGUGAACUUUCCAUUCUGGAUGUAAAAGUGAGCAAGGAGGAUAAUGAAGAGGUUUUGAAAGCCAAUAAAAAUGUGGUCUUUUCAGUCGAACAAUCAUAUGAAGGAACACAGAAGACAAGCAAAAAUGUAGAUUCCUUCCGCUUUCAUUGCAUAAAAAGCUUUGGACCGGUACUAAAAGUUAAAGUUCAGAACGUUAUACCUAACAAGGCCAGUGAAUCUGAUUAUUCAUUAAUUUUGCCUUUGGAACUGCUUCCAGUUGGUUAUCAAGUCAAAGUUCAAUUACCAAUGGGGAAGGGUAGUACCUUGGAGCUGUACCUCCAGGUAAUUGACUGGUCACAGAACCUUGAUGUGCGUUUGGGUUAUGAACUUUGUCCUGAUGAGCAGGAUUUUCUGCGCAAGAGGAAAAAGGUUGUUGCGGAUGCCCUGUAUAAGCUUUUUAAUCUAGGAGAGGAGUUACAAGAGGAUGAGGUCCCAGUGAUUGCUCUUGUGGCAACUGGAGGUGGUAUCAGAGCCAUGACAUCCUUGUAUGCUCAACUUGCAGCCUUCCAGAAGCUGAACCUUUUGGAUUGCAUUACAUAUAUCACCACUGCUUCCGGAUCAACAUGGACGAUGACAAAUUUGUAUCAACAUAUUGACUGGUCACAUCAAAGUUUUGAAGUCCACAUUAAUACUGUAAAAAAACAGUUGCUGAAGGACAAAAAUAAAGUUAUUUCUAUUGAAAGAUUGAAGCAGUAUCACAAAGAGCUAACUGAGCGGAUCGAAGCUGGUCAUCUUACAUCUUUUACAGCACUCUGGGCCCUUAUUCAGGAAGCUUUUCUCCACAAUGGAGCAAAUUCCAGUAAGCUCUCAGACCAGCAACAGGCUUUGAAUCAGGGGCAGAACCCUCUUCCGAUUUACACAGCCAUAAAUGUCAAACAUGAAAAUGUCAGCACUUUUGACUUUAGAGAAUGGGUGGAGUUCAAUCCUUAUGAAGUGAGUUUCCUAAAAUAUGGUGCACAGAUUCGCUCAGAGGAUUUUGAUAGUGAAUUCUUCAUGGGAAAAGUGGUAAAGAAGAUCCCAGAGUCCCGGAUUUGCUAUAUGGAAGGUAUCUGGACUAACAUUUUCAGUCCAAAUCUCCUGGAUUGUUUGUACUGGACUGCAACACCAGAAGAAUUCUGGGAACGAUGGGUGAAAGACAUGUCAAUAAAGCAUCAGACUUAUUCUUCAAGUCAUUAUCCUGCCACGGUCUACAAGCCUCCAAGUUACCCCUACGGAAAACUUUGUGAAGUCUUCAAUGACAUUUUAACUGAUCGUCCUUUAAGGGGGGGAAAUCAUAACUUCCUACAAAGCUUUGAUUUUGAUAAAGAUUAUCUGCAUCAGAAAGAAUUCAUGAAAUGGAGUGAUACUGUAUUUGACACAUCUUCUAACAAGUUGACACCAAACACAAAAUCCCUCUGUUUAAUAGAUGUAGGAUAUUUUAUGAACAACAGUGGUAUAUCACUUCUCAAGCCAGAAAGGAAUGUGGAUAUAAUUAUUUUUCUGGAUUAUGGGUUGACUGGAAUCUUAAGGGAAAUGAAGCUGAUGGCUGAAUACUGUGAAAUCCAAGGCAUUCCCUUUCCAAAGAUUCAUAUGAAUGAGAAAGAGCGAAAGAAUAUGAAGGAGUGCUAUGUUUUCUCAGAUGAAGAUAAUCCUAAAGCACCAAUAGUUGUUUGUUUUCCACUGGUCUGCCACACCUUCAAAGAAUACUCAGCACCAGGGGUCAAACGCACUCCUUCCGAAAUGCAAGAAGGUGAAGUCAAUCUGGAAGAAGACGUCUCACCCUAUCAGACCCUUGAAAUAAACUAUUCUAAAGAAAACCUUGACAAACUAAUACACUUAUGCAGUUACAAUGUUCUUUAUAGCAAAGAUGUCAUCUUCCAAGCCAUUCAAAGUGCUAUGCAGAAAAAACGACACGGUGGGUCCCGAAAUGAUAAACAAUGAUUAUUUGUCUCUUUAAAGAGAAUGAAUCAAUAUGUAAAAUGAUGCAUUGUUUGAGGCAGUGUUAAUUGGUUGUCAAUAUGCUGCAGUUUGUUGGAUGCUUGGAUAAUUCUCACUCCUGAUUGAUUUAGCAAGUGGAUUUAAAACUAAAUAUACUGCUGUAGGGUUUCACAGCUGGUAUUUGCUGGGCAAUGAUGGGCUUCCGGGUUUUGUGAUCGUGGUCUAUAGAACAAAUGUUCUAUGUUAAACAGCAGCUCUGCCUUCAGAGGCAAAGGGGUCAGCUAGGCAGAAGUACAAGCCACUGAGCAAGGACUGACAGGGAUCCUAUCUUUAUAGUCAGACAUCCUGACCAGAGAUAAAAUCUAAAAAUUUUCCCUACCAGUUCUGUGGGCAUGGCUUAAUUGGUGGGCAUGGCUUGGUGGUCAGUUGACUGGGUGGGCAUGGGCAACAACAAUAAAUAAUAAAAAUAAUAAACAAAAUAUACAAAACAAUAAGAGGUACCAAAAACCAACUUUCACACUUUGCACACACACAACACAACACAAUUGACUCACACACAAUGUAAAAACAGCUGCACUUCACCCAAAAUGGCCCUUGCAACAAGCAGGAACCUCACACAGCCACAAAAAGCCCAAAAACCAACUUUCACACUUUGCACACACACGACACAACACAACUGAUUCUCUCUCAAACACACACACAAAAUGCCACAUACAGCUUUGUGAGAUUUUGUUUGUUUGUGUAAUUAGAGUGAAACACUACAGAAACACACCAAAUCUCAGAAAGCUGCACAAAUAUUUUAUUUUAUUAUUAUUUUUUUUACUAUUUUUUAGAUCAGGGGUCUCCAACCUUAAUAACUUUAAGGUUUGUGGACUUCAACUCCCAAAGUUCCUCAGCCAGGAAAGCUGGCUGAGGAAUUCUGAGAGUUUAAGUCCACAAACCUUAAAGUUACUAAGGUUGAAGUCCCCUGUUUUAGAUAAAAGCAGCUAAAUUUAAAACUUCCUUAACUUUAAAUUGCUGUCUAAAAAACUCCAACUUCUUUAAAAAAAACCAAUUAUUUUUUAAUAGUUUACUUACCCAAUUGAGGCAGGCAGAUUGAGUUGCUCACCGAGGAGAUGGAUUGCAGGCAGGCAGAUUCAAUUGCUAGCUGAUGCAACUGAUUGCAGCAGCCAUGGCUUUGCGAGCCCGAAAGGAGCAGCAAUUAUAGGUAAGUGAGGAGGGGGCGAUUGGGUAGGCAUGGGCGGGGGCUGUUGUAAGAGGUUGUAAAAAAGUGAUUUUAAAAGCCUGUGAUGAUGAGGCAACUCAGCUGGGAUCACCAGAGGAAAAAAUUUUUUAAAAGGCUCCUCUGACAAUCCCAGCUGAAGUUGCCUCAUUGCCAGAACCUCUUAAAAGGAUUAUUUUAACAACCUCAUCGGCCAAAAGAGCUUGCAGAAAACAUGUUUUUUAAGGUUCUGGUGAUGAGGCAACUCAGCUGGGAUCGCCAGAGGAGCCUUUUAAAACCUUUUGUUUUUGGCCGAAGAGGUUAUUAAAAAAAAGUUUAAAGGAUUCUGACAAUCCCAGCUGAACUGCGGGAUCAUCAAAGGCUUUUUUUUUACUUUUAAAGGCAUGUUUUUGGCUGAAGAAAAAAAAAACCUUUGAUGAUGGCGCGGCUCAGCUGGGGCAGGGGGCGGGGGCAGGGAUUUUUGCUACCAGUUCUCCAAACCACCAGCUGCCAUAGCUACCGGAUCAGGUGAUCCGGUCCAAACAGGGAGCAUUUCACCCUUGAUCCUGACUAAUUGGCCUUUAGCAGAGCGGGUUUCCAAUUGGGGCAGGUUGGUGAGAGCUAAGAGAGGGUGAGAGAUCAUGUUGCCUCUGAAAAUGUCAGACACAGCUCUAGAUCAGGGGUCACCAACCUUUUGGACCUCAGGGACCACUAAAUUCAUAAUUUUAAAUCCUGCGGACCACUAAUAUGAUCUGUCUAAUGACCGGCUGGGUGGACAUGGCUAGGUCAUGUGACUGGGUGGGCGUGGCCAACUAGAUGUCACUUAUGUGGAGGGGCGCCUCACCAGCCUCUACUCGCCCCUCCCCUUCCAGCCACUCCUCCCUCCCCAGGCUCCUUAGGGUCCCAACAGGAAGCAGUUGUUGGAGCCAAGCAGCCACCAUGAGAAACAGUUGGCAAAACAGCUGGCUCAGUUCAAAUUGGAUGCAACCGAGAAGGAGGCUCAGUAAAAGACCUCACUGAGGACUACAAGUAUAGGCUUUCCAAGCAGAGGGAAGAUCUGCAGGAGGGCAAGGCCAGGUACCGGCACCUGGAGGCUCAGCAGGCUGAGAUGGUCAGCCAGUUCCAGGCCAUGAUGCAGUCCCACUGGAACAAGGUCCUCUGGCUCUUCGCCACCAGCAGCGCUUCCUUCCACCCUUCCCCAAAAUCCUGCAUCAGGAGGCCGAAGCAGACCCCAACUCGGAAUUUCUGUCCCCCUCUGACCCACAUAAAAUGACCCCAAAAGUGGAGACUUUGCAGCAACACAAUGUUCACUGCACAUAUCUUUCCCAGGGGCCAUAGUUUGAAGACCCCAAUUUAGUGCAAUAUAAAUAUUGCAAAUAAUUUUUCUGCAGACCACCAAAAUUUUCUCAAAGACCACCAGUGGUCCAUGGACCACCAGUUGGUGACCGCUGCUCUAGAUGAUGGUCACUAAACCCUGAAGCUGAAUGGCUUUUAAACUCCUAAUUUAUUUGAAAUAGCCAUCUUGCAUCAGGUAAACUCUAGUUUGUGAGCCUGUAUGAUCAAGCUAUAAUUUGAUCAGUUUUGUUCUCUUAGUACUUAUAAUUCUAUUAUUUCUUCAAUUUUCUUAUAAAGGUGAGAUUAAUAAAAGACCUACAUUCAAAUAUUACCUAUUAGUGUUAUCCAAUAUUUACUGUUAGAAGUGAUUUUAGGAGAUGGUGUUGAGUGAAAUUGAUUGCAUACUGUUUUCUGAAGUAAUUGAACCACAAUUAUGUUUCUUUAUAACAUUGUAAGAGAACUUAUCCUCUAUCACUGUAUUAGAUAUGAUGAGGUGUGGUUGGAUUUUAACACUUGCAGAAAAGCGUGAACUGACUUGACUUUGUUCGGUAUCAGCUAUAAAUAGUUGCAGUAUAUAAACAGGGAUAAAUAUUUACUUUGUAAAAUGAGAGCUAUUCUUUGUUAUUUUAAGAGGACUGACACAUUUCACAUGUAAAUGAUAGCAGUUCAACAUGAAAAUUAUUUUAUUAUUUAAAUGGAAAUCUACCUGGAAAUAAGUUCAAUAAAUUCCAUAUGACUGAUUUUUGAAUUAAAACUCAGAAGUUUAGAAAAAAUUAGAGGCAAUUUAAGGGUUAACCAUUGGUAUUAAUUUGUUUGAAAUUCUAAAACCACAUUGGUGAACUCAACAGAUAUUGAACCAAAUUCUGAUUAUAUGCUUUCAAACAUGAGCCUAUAGCUUAAUUUAUUAUCUUAAUUUAUUGAAAGUGUCUCUGCUCUGAGACAUUUAUUUAAUAUAUUUCUGUACUGUUUCCCAUAUAAUUGCUUCUUGAAGAUGUUUAUUCUUUUAACUAUCUAAUGACAAUGCUGAAACUUCAAAUGUUAUCUCACAUGUGGAAUAAUGAUAAAUGAAGGACAAUCUUUUUUAUCACGAAGAUCUGAUUAAAACUCAACUAUGGAAGCUAAACUCUUGGUAGCUAUUGCCUGACAGCUAUUGGUUUGCUAUUUUCUGUGACUUAAUUUAUUGAGUCCUCUCCCAUGACACAUGUUGUUAACCUUUUUUUGAAAAAGAUUUACUCAUUUAUCCAUUGUAGAAUGAAAAACGUAAUUUUUUUGAGAUUAAUCUGAGAAAAUGCUACUGUUCUUCAAAAAUUCUCCUUACCAGAGACUUCUGUACCCUAUUACUGUGGGAAAAAACUCUAGAAAUGUCUGUAGCAGUAUACAC